AUGCCCGAGAACCAGUGCCCGAUUCACGACGUCGCUGGAGGAGGCACCAAGCUUCAACAGUGGUGGCCCAACUCGCUCAGGCUGAACAUCCUGCGUCAGCACACUCCCGUCUCCAACCCUUUGGGCGGCGACUUUGACUAUGCCGCCGCUUUCAACAGCCUCGACUAUGAGGCGCUCAAGAAGGACAUUGCCGCCGUGAUGACCGAUUCGAAGGACUGGUGGCCGGCCGACUUUGGCCACUAUGGUGGUCUCUUCAUCCGUAUGGCUUGGCACAGCGCUGGCACCUACCGUGUCUUUGAUGGUCGUGGUGGUGCAGGACAGGGUCAACAACGGUUCGCUCCUCUCAACAGCUGGCCGGACAACGUCAGUCUCGACAAGGCUCGUCGUCUGCUAUGGCCUGUCAAACAGAAAUACGGAAACAAGAUCUCUUGGGCCGACCUUAUGGUCCUCACCGGCAACGUCGCCCUCGAAACCAUGGGCUUCAAGCCAUUUGGCUUUGCCGGUGGCCGCGCCGACACAUGGGAGGCGGACGAGGCGGUGUACUGGGGUGCCGAGUCCACCUGGCUCGGCAACGAGAAGCGCUAUGACAACUCCAAGGAGCUCAACUCGCGCCAGCUCGCCAGUCCCCUUGCCGCCGCCCACAUGGGCCUCAUCUACGUCAACCCGGAGGGCCCAGACGGCAACCCGGAUCCCGUCGCCGCCGCCCGGGAUAUUCGUACCACGUUCGGCCGCAUGGCCAUGAAUGACGAGGAGACGGUUGCCCUCAUCGCCGGCGGCCACACUUUCGGCAAGACCCACGGCGCUGGCCCCGCCGACAACGUUGGCGACGAGCCCGAAGCCGCCCCCCUCUACCAGCAGGGCCUGGGCUGGAAGAACAAGUUCGGCACCGGCAAGGGUCCCGAUACCAUCACCAGCGGUCUCGAGGUGACCUGGACCAAGACGCCGGCGAAGUGGAGUCAUAACUUCCUCGAGUACCUCUUCAAGUACGACUGGGAGCUCACCAAGAGCCCUGCCGGCGCCCACCAGUGGGUAGCCAAGGAAGCCGAGCCCAUCAUCCCCGACGCCUACGACCCGGAGAAGAAGCACCUCCCCAAGAUGCUGACCACCGACCUCUCUCUCCGCUUCGACCCGGAGUACGAGAAGAUUUCGCGCCGCUUCCUCGAGCAUCCGGACCAGUUCGCCGACGCCUUCGCCCGCGCCUGGUUCAAGCUGACCCACCGCGACAUGGGCCCCCGCGCCCGCUACCUCGGCCCCGAGGUCCCCUCCGAGGUGCUCCUCUGGCAGGAUCCCAUCCCCGAUGUCGACCACCCGCUCGUCGACGCAAGCGACGUCGCCGCCCUGAAGAAGGAGGUCCUCAGUCUCGGCAUCGACCCCUCCAAGCUCGUGGCCACCGCCUGGGCCUCGGCCUCCACGUUCCGCGGCAGCGACAAGCGCGGCGGCGCCAACGGCGCGCGCAUCCGGCUGGCGCCGCAGAAGGACUGGGAGGUCAACAACCCGGCCCAGCUGGCCCAGGUGCUCAGCGCCCUCAAAGGGCUGCAGCAGCGCUUCAACGCCCAGGCGUCGGGCGGCAAGAAGAUCUCGCUCGCCGACGUCAUCGUCCUCGCGGGUGCCGCCGCCGUGGAGAAGGCCGCCCACGACGCCGGCUUCGACGCCGUCACCGUCCCGUUCACGCCGGGCCGCGCCGACGCGUCGCAGGAACAGACCGACGUCGAGACGGUGGGCCACCUCGAACCCGCGGCCGACGGGUUCCGCAACUACGGGAAGUCGACGGAGCGGGUCAAGACGGAACAGUGGCUCGUCGACAAGGCGCAGCUGCUGGACCUCUCGGCGCCCGAGCUCACGGUCCUAGUCGGUGGUUUGCGCGCCCUCAACGCCAACUACGAUGGGUCGGCCCACGGCGUGUUCACGGCCCGGCCGGGUACGCUGACCCAUGACUUUUUCGUCAACUUGCUCGACACGGAGACGGAGUGGACGCCGGCCGGCGAGGGCGACGUUGAUCACUUUGUCGGCACGGACCGCAAGAGCGGCGAGAAGAAGUGGACGGCUACCCGUGUCGAUCUCAUCUUCGGCUCGCAUGCGGAGCUGCGCGCUCUGGCUGAGGUGUAUGGUAGCGCUGACGGCGGUGCCAAGUUCGUGCACGACUUUGUUGCCGCGUGGGACAAGGUUAUGAACCUGGAUCGCUUCGACCUCAAGAAGACGGCUGCGCUGAGGCCCACUAGCCGCCUUUAA